AUGGAUGAUCAAGCGUCGCAAAUKCCAAAGGCGCCGACAUACAAUGAGCUUGUUGCUCUCGUUGAAGAAUUACGGAAACGAGUCACUGRAGCGACUGUGACGAGUGACGUGAACGCUAAGAUUAUCGAUAUGAGUGUAUCUGAUGACAGAUCAUUAUCGGAAACGAGCUCGCGUCGACCCGCUUUAGACUUUCGUGUGUUACCGGACCUAGAUAAAACCGUCGGUGUGUUUAGUGGUCGGGAAACGACUCAUGUUGCAGCYGAUUGGCUGACAUYGGUYGAGGGCGUCGCGAACCUGAAUUGUUGGCCUUUUGCGUAUCGGCUCCAGUUCGUGCGCGCGAACGUUCAAGGUGCGGCAAAAGAUUGGUUUGUAGGUCGUACGUUCGGAGACUGGCAAGAUUUCAAAACACAAUUCCAUGCGACGUUCAUUCGUGCCGUGCGCAUGUYGGAUAGGUGGGAAGCCUURCGCAGACGGUACCAAGCGAAGGACGAGCAUUUGAUGGAUUAUUUCCAGUCGAAAGUAAGACUUUGUCGAKAUCYCUCGUUGCCGUACGAUGAAGUGCGCGAUCAUGUUAUUCAAGGAUUAUAUUCCCGUGACCUGGCGAUGUAUGCACUAGGCAAGGUGCAUAUGGACGAAAAUGACCUUUUGGCAGACAUUCUGGACUGGGAGAGGAYGGAUUCACUGCRAAGAUCCAGUGCAAAGGCGGAACGCCCGACUAAGGCGAAAGACACGAUCAAGUAUAAUACAGGCCCGCGGAACCAGUCCUCGAGCGAUACYCAAAGUGAUAMGAAGACAUGGAGGCGUGCAGUACCUAUCGAACAGAAAACGAAUUUUGAGACUUCCGGACAGCAAGAUAAAACGAGUGAUUACAUCGAACGUGGCAGCUGUUUCAACUGCCACAAGGUUGGUCAUCUUUCYCGYGAUUGCCCUACGAGGCGUAAACCAAUGACGUGUUACAACUGUGGUGUCGUUGGGCAUAUGAGAAACAACUGCCCGAACUUACAACAAGCUAACGCUGUCGUUGAACAAAAMAGUGUCGAAGGGCACCACCCGUAUCAAAAGAUUGGAGUCGUGAACGGGCACGAAUUCAUUGUACUGUUGGAUACCGGGAGUCAUUUUACGUUGCUUAAAUCGACAGUCGCAAUCAAAUGUGGACUGAACGUUCAUCCGUCGGCAAAACCGCUAUACGGUGUAGGAAGUACCGUGGUACCAGCWCUCGAGACUGUCGGUGAAGCACUAACCGAGAUCGUCGUUGAUGGUGUCAACGCCGGAUCUGUAGUGGCUCUGGUUGUGCCGGAUGACGUACAAAGGCCGGACAUUAUCGUGGGAAGGAAUUGGUUGGACUCGCCCGCRGUAGCAUACCAUAAGGCUGGAGGACAGCUGGUACUCACAGAGGCGAAUGUCGUGAACAAACUGUCGGACACUACAGUCAUGACGCUUGACAGUGAGUUUGACUGUCUGCAUGUGGUCAGUGCAGAGACCGAAGUUGUGCGUGCGACACUAAGUCUGGACGAGUUCAAAUAUGUGGAUGAAGACGYAAAGGCCGAUGAAAGGGCGAAGYUGCAAGAGUUAGUGGACGAAUAUCGGGAUUGUUUUGCUGCUGGGUUGGAAGAACUCGGGUGUACUUCGUUGGUCAAGAUGGAUAUUGUAGAAGUGCCUGGGAGCAAGCCAGUAGUAUGCAGACCGUACAAGACGACCGCAACCGAUAGGGCUGAGAUAGACAAGAUCGUUAGUGACUGGAAGCGGUGUGGGUUAGUGACAAAGACGAGGUCUCCCUACUCCAGUCCCGUAAUUCUUGUGAACAAGGUACCGGAAAACAUAGACUUUGCGUUGAUUACAGGCGCUUAA